GAUCGAGCUCAGACACAGUCGAGUCAGUUCGAUCUCAUCUCACCACCACCAGGCCACUCCACCAGUGCACUCUCUAAAGAUUAGUAGAUAGUCCAGCCCAGGUGAGGAGUUGUCCUUGAUUCCAGGAGCGGGGUUGGAUCCGAGAACUCAGCUAGACUAAACUAGGUUUGAGAAGUGAGUUACCCGUUCGCCAUGGAUGAAGUGGACAACAUCAUCAUCGUUACCUUGCGACAGGUCGGCUGCACCAUUGAUGACAGCCUGAAGACACUAGCCGCCUUCAGCAGUGAGCUGAUCGUUGAAGGGUGCGUACGAUGCCUGAAGGUGAUCAACAGCGAUGUGGACUUGCCGCUCAAGCUGCCGGAGAGCAUGUCGGUGCGCUUUCGCAUCGGCACAGCGCUGGCACAGGCAUGCAAGGAUGUUGGCUAUGAGGGAGAAAUUGGUUACCAGACAUUUCUCUAUUCCAACGUGGAGAGCGUUCGACGGCUGUUCAUGUUCCUGAUCGAACGCCUGCCAAGAGAUGGAGGCGAGACUUCCGAUGAGCCGACAGGUUUUGCUGUGCUACUUGGCCGCAACAUCUCCGCCGAGCUGGCGCGACAGCUGCAGCAGCGCUGGACGCCUGGCUUUUGCAAGCAGCAUGGACGCUCCAUGGAUGCAGCAACUGGGCACUGGCACUGGGAGGGCUCUUCUGGUCGUCACAAUGUUCGCGUAACACCACUGCUUGCACCCACGGGCCUCUGUGACCUGGAAACUACUGUUGGCAAAGAUGCGAGGGCAUACUUCAAGCAACACCUCCGGCCAGUCACUCAGCAGCCUCAUAAGAAUUACGACGCUGUGCCAUCCAUUCUGGAGUGGGACGCUGUCAAGCUGACGGCAGCCCAGGACUGGGAGACCGAGUGGAAUGAGCUGGGUCUGAGGUCGGGACUGUCUCAACAGGACUACAAGCAGCGCAAGGCUGACCUGAGACACAAGAACUUGGCAACGAGUAUGCGCACAGCCAUGCAGCAGUCUGCCACCGCCACUCGGUUCAGUGACUUGCGCGAACUGCUCGACUCCUUCGCCCCACGUGGCGGUUACCAGCAGGACAAGGGAACUCGCUUCACACACGCCAAAGACCUGCAGUUCACACAGGCGACGGAGACCGCUGCUGUUGAGGAGAUCAAGGUGGAGAGUGCCGAGGAUAUCAUGCAACAACGUGAAGAUGAGCUAGCUAACCUCACUAGCAAGCUGGAGAAGAUCAACGGUACUCUGGAGCGUAUGGAGCUGGACAUCAAACGCUUCUCAACAAACACAAGCAGGGUUGUGGAGAUGGGAAAAUCUCUACAACGUGCCAACACGGAGAAAGAGGACGACUACAAGAUCAAGAAGAAAGCUAUGGAGAUGCUUCCAGAUGCCGAGGCCAAUGUUCUCAAGCUACAGGACAUUGUUGAGACCAGUGCACAGCGCAUAGUCACACUGGCUGGACAAUGGGAGCAACGCCGGCAAUCGCUAAUAGCAACCUACAGAGAACUCAAGGUCACAAACUCCUCAAAGAUGACGGAUACAAAGCGAAUGCUGCAAGAGAUCAAUGAGCUUCGUGACAAGAUCAAGGAUUCGAGCAAAGAAGUGCGCGCCAAGGAAGAGCUUCACAAACAGCUGGUAACAGAGCAUGAACGUUUGACCAAGGAUAUCAGCCGCUCUUCCUAUACACGCCGUAUCAUGGAGAUUGUUAACAACAUUUCCAAACAGAAGAGAGAAAUUGGAAAGGUGCUGUCAGAUACAAGGCAGCUGCAGAAGGAGAUCAAUAUGCUCAGUGAGAAGCUGGGAAGAACGUUCACUGCUACGGAUGAACUGAUCUUCAAGGACGCAAAGAAGGAUGAAACAUGCCGGUCGGCUUACAAGUACCUUGCCACCUUACACGACGAGUUUGAUCAGUUGAUCAAAGCCGUGGAGGAGACUGGAAUGACACUACGGGAAAUCAGAGACUUAGAGGAUCAGAUCGAGAAAGAAACCAAGAAAGGUGUUCGUGAGAAUUUGGAAAAGAUCACGAAGGACUACGAGGAGAUCCGCACCGAGAACAAGGCCUACACUGCAACGCUGAAAGGAAAGUGAAAACUUCGCGGCCUGAUCACCGUGACAAUGGCUUCGUCCACUAUUUCUUACACACCGUCAGAUCUCAUCACACCAGCACAGUCACAAUGAUGUCAUAAAUCCUGUAGCAGGCUCAGGCAGUCAGGCAGUCAGGCUAUAGUACCCUGCUUUCAACAUUGACAGUUUGUAAUGGAUAGGAAGUAGCUAGCUAUGAAUGAAGACCGGCGCAUUUGUGACGUCACCGAAGCAAAUGAUAAAGUUCCUUUGCACAUGUUGUACCAGUGGGCUGCAUUUCAUAAUUUUUGCAAAUUGAAGUAUUUCUUACACAGAAUGUUUAGGCGGAGAGCCGGAAGCAGCUCUUCAUUGGAGCACGCCCCACCCAUAAUCAAUACUAUUUUAAAGUAUUAUUUUUUAUUUCAAGUUUGCCAAUCUGCUAGAUUUCCUUCUGAUACUUUACUCUGGCAAGCCGGCUACAAUAUUUAUAGUAGUAGUCACUGUUACCAGAACUCAGUAGCUACAUUGAAUCAGCUACCGCAGUGUGCAUCUCAGUAGCUACAUUGAAUCAGCUACCGCAGUGUGCAUCUCAGUAGCUACAUUGAAUCAGCUACCGCAGUGUGCAUCUCGGUACGCGGAAAUAUAGAGAUUGCAAGAAUGA